AUGUUUAGGCUGUACGAUAGCAAACGUUCAAAGUCUCAGGACUACAAAGGUGGCGACUAUAUCCCUCUCAACCCGCGAAAACGCCAACCCGUCCCGACUCCAAAUAGUUCCAUAGCCAACCAGUUUGCUCUCUCUCCAGAUCCGAACCAAUGGGGCUACAAUGUCUCCCCGAACGACGCAGAAGCCGACGAUUGGAUCCACGUACCUGAUAAGAAAAUCGAUGAUACGGGGUCGAUACUUAAUCCUCGUGGUAUCUCGGCGCUUGGAUGCAUCGGCAUUAUCUUCAUGAGCAUACUGACUUUAUUCUUCAUAUGGCCCUUAGAGACGGGAAUCCGCAAGAUGCUCACGGCGACCACCCAAAGUGGAUUCAACGUGGGUGGGAUCAACAGCACGGAGCAAGUCUAUGAAACAGCUUUUGCACUCGUCGACAAAGAUACACCCCAGGACGUCCGCCGCAAAACAUCACCUGUGGACAACCGGGAAAUGGUACUGGUGUUCAGCGACGAGUUCGAAUUGGAGGGACGUACAUUUUGGCCUGGCGAUGAUCCGUACUGGGAAGCGGUGGAUAUGCACUAUUGGGGCACGGAUGACCUCGAGUGGUACGAUCCACAACAGGCGUAUACAAAGGACGGUCAGCUCUGGAUCGAGUUCCAAGAGGCCAAGCGGGAGGAUAACCAUAACCUCACCUAUGUCAGCGCAAUGAUCACGACGUGGAACAAGUUUUGCUUCACGGGUGGUCUGAUUGAGACGAGCGUCCAAUUACCAGGCUCGUCCAAAGUCAAAGGGUUCUGGCUGUGGACAAUGGGCAAUCUUGGCAGAGCCGGUUUCGGCGCCACGACAGAAGGGCUGUGGCCCUACAGCUACGAAUCUUGUGAUAUUGGAACUGUGAAGAACCAAACAGAGUCGUCGCUCUCCCAGCCCUUUCCGCCACAUUGCGAGCCGCAUCCAGGACCAGUCUACGCCGAUGGAACAUAUGCUGGACGGGGAGCACCCGAGAUUGAUGUCCUCGAAGCGCUCAUCGAUCCCAACUUGCUCGCUGGCGCAGUAUCCCAGUCUGCACAAUUUGCACCCUAUAGUGCAGAGUACAAGUGGGAUAAUCUCACCUAUGGCCAUUAUUAUGGUACUCUCGGUGACGACCAGUACGUGAAUACAUAUCCCGGUGGAGUAUGGCAGCAGACUGCGAGCACUGUCAGCAAGACGAAUCAAGGAUGUUAUGAACUGGAGGAGAAAUGUUUCGCGACAUAUGGCUUUCAGUAUGUUCCAGGCUAUCAGGAAAAUGGCGCAUAUAUUACAUGGAUCAAUGACGGCAAGUUGGCGUGGCGCAUGGACGCUCAAGGGUUUGGAGAGGAUGCAACGACGCAAAUUGGGAAGAGGGCAGUGUCGAAAGAGCCCAUGUAUGUUAUCAUCAAUCUCGGCCUCAGCGAUGGGUUCUCUCAUGGUAUACCAUUCGAUGAAUUACAGUUUCCAGCGUACAUGAAGGUAGAUUGGAUCCGCGUAUAUCAGUAUGAGGAUGCGAUGAACGUGUCUUGCGAUCCCCCCAACUUUCCGACGAGCAAUUACAUCAACGCGUAUGUACCUCUUCUUUAUCCCUGA